CGUGGUUUCCAGGAAGGCUUCCGGCAAGCAGAGGCAGGCGGAGGCAAGCUCCCUCUCCCCCCGGACUUUAACUUCUAACUCAUUAGUUGUAGAUGGCGGUGCACCGAGCAAAGCCUUCCUCCACCUCGAGACGUGGUAGAGUUUAAAGCGACGCUGCUAAUGAUUUGGAGCUGCCGCUGCUGCUGCUGUUGCUGCUGACUCCUGCCACGUGUGUGCCACGGCAUUGAAAGGAGCGGCGCGUCAUCAUGUUCGGCAGUAGCAAGGCCGGUGCCAAGAGAGGCUCAAAAUCUCAAGCCAGGGACACGGCGAGGCCACCCAGAGGAGCAGCGAAGGCUUCAUCGGUGAAGAAGGCCCAACCUUCUGAAACGAAGGCCGUGAGAGAGCUACCAGCCAAGCCGGUCAGCGAGCGAAGGCCCGCCAAGGCGAAGGGCGAACCCUUAAAGCCGCCGACGGCCGUCGAGUGGGCCGUUCCGUCGGCGGGGCCCAGGAGAGGGCAAGCGGCUGGCGCCACGUCCUCGCGGCCCAGGCGCGCGGCAGGAAGCGUGAGAACGAGCGUUCGAGGCGGCGCUUGUGCCGAGACGGGUGGCGGUGGCGGCGGCGGCGGCGCGUGGUGGUUGUUGCAGGCCGGCUGGAAGAUGGGGAGGGACGUGUUGGGCAGCCUCACGGGUUUGGGCGGAGACGGAGCGGCGAUUCCGAGCGCGGGAGGCAGAGCGAGGGGGCGUCCGGCGCGUCCGGCGCGGGGGGCGGCCGCGAGAGGGAGCGACGCCACGCGGAGCGGAGCGACUGGCCGUGGCGCCGGUGCCGGCGGAGUCUCGCUCGUCACCAGGGCGAUGGGCCUCGGGGCGGAAGGAGCUACGGGUGGGGAAGGUGGCCGGGCGGCCAGGGCGGCUGACAGAGGACCAGCGGCAAAGCCCAGGGGUGCGGGCGUCUGUACCUCGGCUGUGAGAGGGAGCAGCACUGGGAAGGGCAGCACUAGAGGGGGCAGCACUAGAGGGGGCAGCACGAGCGCGGGUAGUACUAGAGGGGGCAGACUUAGUCUGGGCAGCACGAGAGGGGGCAGACCUAGUGUGGGUAGCACUAGUACGAGCAGCACUAGAGGGGGGAGCACGAGAGGGGGCAUUACAAGCAUGGGCAGUACGAGAGCGGGCAGCAUUAGUGCAGGCAGCACUGGAAGGGGCAGCAGUAGUGGGGGCAACACGAGAGGGCGCAGCACUGGAAGGGGCAACACGAGAGCGGGCAGCACGAGAGCGGGCAGUACGAGAGCGGGCAGCAUUAGUGCAGGCAGCACUGGAAGGGGCAGCAGUAGUGGGGGCAACACGAGAGGGCGCAGCACUGGAAGGGGCAGCACGAGACACGAGAGCGGGCAGCACGAGAGCGGGCAGCACGAGAGCGGGCAGCACGAGAGCGGGCAGCACGAGAGCGGGCAGCACGAGAGCGGGCAGCACGAGAGCGGGCAGCACGAGAGCGGGCAACACUAG